UACGGCGGGCGGGGCGCGGCCGGGGUGCAAGGCGGGUACUGCAGGCGGCAGCCAGCGCUGCGCGCCGCGGCGGCGGAAAAUGGCUGCGGCCCAGGCGGCGGACACUCAGCUGAUGCUUGGAGUCGGGCUGAUCGAAAAGGACACAAAUGGAGAAGUUCUGUGGGUGUGGUGUUAUCCUUCCACGACAGCCACAUUAAGGAGCCUGCUGCUGAGGAAAUGCUGCCUUACAGAUGAAAACAAACUUCUCCAUCCCUUUGUCUUUGGUCAGUACAGAAGAACGUGGUUUUAUAUCACAACAAUUGAAGUUCCAGAUUCUUCUGUUUUGAAAAAGGUGACUCAUUUUUCUAUUGUUCUGACUGCCAAAGAUUUUAACCCAGAGAAGUAUGCUGCCUUCACUAGGAUAUUGUGUAGAAUGUACCUGAAACAUGGGAGCCCAGUUAAAAUGAUGGAGAGUUAUAUUGCAGUUCUCACAAAGGGGAUAUGCCAGAGUGAAGAAAAUGGCUCUUUCCUUAGCAAGGACUUUGAUGCCCGAAAGGCCUACCUGGCUGGCUCCAUCAAAGACAUUGUAUCUCAGUUUGGAAUGGAAACUGUUAUCUUACACACAGCACUGAUGCUAAAGAAAAGAAUUGUGGUAUAUCACCCGAAAAUAGAAGCGGUCCAGGAAUUUACCAGGACUCUGCCUGCCCUGGUGUGGCACCGACAGGACUGGACCAUCCUUCACUCUUACGUGCACCUCAACGCCGAUGAACUGGAAGCCCUGCAGAUGUGCACAGGUUAUAUCGCUGGAUUUGUAGACUUGGAGGUGAGCAAUAGACCAGACCUCUAUGAUGUGUUUGUGAAUCUGGUAGAGAGUGAGAUUACCAUUGCUCCCCUUGCAAAAGAGGCCAUGGCAAUGGGCAAACUUCACAAAGAAAUGGGUCAGCUAAUUGUUCAGUCUGCAGAAGAUCCAGAAAAAUCAGACAGCCAGGUUAUACAGGAUAUUGCUCUAAAAACAAGAGAAAUCUUUACCAACCUAGCACCGUUUUCAGAAGUUUCGGCUGAUGGAGAGAAGAGAGUCCUUAAUUUGGAGGCACUAAAGCAAAAACGAUUUCCACCAGCAACAGAAAACUUCCUUUAUCAUCUAGCAGCAGCAGAACAAAUGCUGAAAAUCUGACUGUGUGACAGAAUGUAUCACUGAUGACUGAUAGAAAGCCCUCUUUCACUCUGAUUAUCCAUUAACUACAUAAAGUCCUGAAAAUAACAGAGAAACAUAUUUUCAAUGAUUUAUUUGCAAGUUUUGAGCUUUGACGUGAAAAACAUUGAAACACGUGAACACGCUUCUGAUUUUCUCUUGGCUGAUUAAUUUCCUGCCUGCUUCAGUGCUGGACAAAGUGCUGUAACUCCUUUAUAUAACAUUACAAAACGGCUAGAGGUCCCGGGGUAAGAG